AUGGCUACCCCUAGUGUCCUAGCUUUUGACGCUGAGGGUCGCGCCAUUGAUUUUGAGGUCUGGUUAGACGACCUGCAGCUGUUCUUACAGUGCGACAGGGCUGACGACCUUUCUCUCUUUGACCUCACCUCUGGCGCCUCUCCUGCUCCUGCUGCUGAUGCUGAUCCCACUGUCCGCUCUCAGUGGGCCACCCGCGAUGCUGCUGCACGUCUUGCUGUGCGUCGCCACCUCCCUACCUCUGAGCGUGCGCACUUUAGUCAGUACAAGAGUGCUCAGACCUUGUACGACGCUGUAGUUGCGCGCUACUCCUCCCCUGCCACUGCUGCACUGAGCCGUCUCAUGCUUCCCUACCUCUUUCCUGACCUCUCUGCCUUUCCCACUGUCGCUGACCUCAUUACGCACCUCCGCACUAGUGACACUCGCUACCGCGCCGCCCUUCCUGCUGAGUUCUGCGCUAAGAACCCACCCCCCAUGUACAUCGCUCUCUACUACGUAGUCGCGCGCCUCCCUGACUCCCUUCGCGUCGUCAGGGACCACUUUCUCGCAGUCUGUCCCACCACCCUCACCGUCGACGUCCUCGAGAAGGCCCUCCUCGCAGCGGAGAAGAGCAUAGUCGCUGUAGGUGCUUCUCGUGGUGACCCUCGCACCCCCAUCUUUGAGGGGUGCUCUCCUUCCCCCUUGCUGCCCUCUGUUGCCUCUGCUGCUGCUGCCGACCUGCUUGGUCUUGAGGAGCGUGUGGAGCUGGAGGGGGCGGUGGCGGUGGCGGCGGGUGGCGGCGGAGGGAGUGGGGGUGGCGGCGGGACUAGUGGCGGGGGUGGUGGUGGUGGUGGCAGCAGCGGCGGAGACGGUGGUGGUGGUGCCAGCGGUGGUGGUGGAGGCAGCGGCGGAGGUGGAGGCGGCGGAGGUGGAGGCGGUGGAGGCGGCAUCGGAGGAGGCGGUGGUGGUGGAGGAGGUGGAGCUGGUCGAGGUGGUACCCAGCAGCGUAGCGGCGGUGGUGGUGGCCAGCGCUCGCAGCGGCAGCAGCAGCAGCGCUCGCGGGACAUCCCUCCGCCUCAGCAGCUUCGUGGGUGGUACGCUGGGCGUCAGAGGGGUGGGGGUACUGGUCCCUGCACCUACGUUCUUUGUUCCGGCGACCGCGCGGGUGAGCAGUGUGGGGGUGCCCACGCCACCCAGCGCUGCUUUGGCCGCCUGACGGACGCUUGGCGUCAGCAGUUCCCUGGGGCUAGUGAGAUCCCUCGCUGGGAUGAGCUUCUAAGGGCUGGUGUAGCGAUCUUUGAUCUUGAUUUUGAUGCUAUCCUUGCUGCUAUGUAUGCUGUGACUUAUAGUGAGGAGAAUGAGGGUUACCGGUGUUUCCAGCCCGACCCGGGCAUUGGUACUGCUGCGCUAGGUGCUUGUGAGGCUGCUGCUCUAGGUGCCAGUGCGUCUGUGCUCUCAGGUACUGGUGAGACUGCGCUCUCAGGUACUGCGUCGUCCUCGUCCUCCCUCACUUUCACACUUGACUCCGGGGCUUCUCGCUCCUUCUUUCGAGACCGCACUACCCUUACGCCGCUCGGCCGGCCGGUUGCGGUCUCCCUUGCUGACCCCUCUGGGGGUCCUGUCCUGUCUCACUUCUCCACUGUCCUCCCGUGUCCGGCUGCCCCUUCGGGCACCCUGUCUGGUCUGUACCUUCCCUCGUUCUCUACGAACUUGGUGAGUGGAGCGGACCUGCAGGAUGUGGGGGUUCACCAGUUCACUCCUGCGAGUCAGCGGGUGACCCACUGCACGGAGGCACGCACAGGCCGACACCUGGCCACGUAG